AUGGCUUCUUCUUGCUGGGGAGGGAGACCCUGCACAGCUCAUAUUCACUGCCGGGGGCUCAGUGCAUUUCCGCGGUCUUCUGCGUAGUCCUCUGUCUCUCUCUCUCUCUCUCUCGCUCUCUCUCUCUCUCUCUCUCUCUCUCUCUCUCUCUCUCUCUCUCUCUCUCUCUCUCUCUCUCUUUCUCUCUCUACCUUACUGGAUUAAAGUGAACUCAUACCAAUAUUGUCCUAAACUCUGUGGAGGAUAUUAUCAUAUAGUAGAAACGCUGAUUUUCUUGAUGGCAUCUUGACAGUCAUAUUUUUGGAUUCAAAAGACAGUCGUUCCAUUUUCUCCCUGCAGCUAUUACUGUUUCGUUGAGAUUGAGAGAGGAGAGAGGGAGAGAGGGAGGGAGAGAGGGAGGGAGAGAGGGAGGGAGAGAGAGACUUCUAGACGAAACAUGCACAUGUGUCGAGUGGGGCACUGGGUAGUGGAGAAAAGGAGACCUAGCACGAAAACCUAGGUGGUCGCUGCUUCUGCCCAAUUAGAUCCGGCUGCAUGUUGGAAACCCGGAGGACAUUUCUGUUCUUUAAUGUCCCUUGAUGCCCUCUGUUCAUGCACAUGGCUUUUGCAGACUUUCUCUCGAUCUCUUCUUCUCCUUGCACACACGCGCGCACAUAGACAAACAAACACAAAUACUGCCAUUUCAUGAUGCAUGGAAACUUUGCAGAACUGAAAAGGUCUAACUCAGAAGGUUAUUGUUUAUUGUAUCAUAAAUGAUAUACGCCCCCCAUCUCUCUGUCUCUCCGCCAAGUAUAUGGAAAAUAAUCAGUUUACGAAUACAUGCUUUAAUUUAAAAAUAAAUCGUACUUGGCAAGCUCGACUUGACGUUUCACAACGGAUUGGAUAUCUUUAGUACGUAUAAGAUCAUUAAACGAGGCCAAAAUCUGCUGCUGUGCUAUUUCUCACAAUGGAUUUGACACCCUAGUUCGUAUAAGACUUGACUACCCUUAAACUUCACGAUAUCAUAUUUUGACCUCGACUGAAGGUUGAGCAUUGGCCUAAGCUUAUUUUACAGCAAAGUUCGCGUCAGUUGUCCCCCUCGAGGAAAAUCUUUCUUGGGGUCUUUCCAAAGUACCUAUACACCCACUCCCCUUUCCACCUGCAACCCCUCUCGCCAUCCCCCAUCCCUUCGGGUCUUCCCUCCUCUUGACGGCGACGUAGGGAUGGGUUAGUCCACCGACCAGUCUACUAUGGUCCCUGGGGUGGUAGGUCAUCCCAAACAUGGCCCCAACCUCUUCUUGCACCGGGACUUCUACUCUUGAGAGACCCCCUCGGGCUAUCGAACUAGGGUUUAUGACACAUUUGCCGUUUUAUAAGAAUGUAACGAACAUUGCACAUGCUCUUGCUUUACAUUGGCGUCGUGCGUAGCAUAAAAUAUCAUGGUGAAAUCCUUCGGGAGAAUUAUACUUAAUUUUGAUGCAGUGAUUCAGGGUAUUCGGAGACAAAUUAUACCACAAGCUAACCCACUGGGAUGUAUAAAGAGAGCCCCAAAGGGGAAAUCUUAUCGCUUUUCAAAUGUUCAUUUUCCUUUGGUCAUCAAUACUUUAUCUAGCACUUCCCCCUACUCUUCCCCCCCCCCCCUCCCUCCCCACCUCUUUGGUCUUCUCAGGAACGUAGUCUGUAUUCAUGGGUGUUAACUCCCCGUCGGAAGAGCUGACGACAGGAGGAGACCCACCCACAGGCUCGCUCUGGUACUUCUCCAAUGUGUCCCCUUGGGUCGACCCAAUAUUAGCCGUUUUGCAUAGACGCAAGAGGAUUUGGGGGGAAAUGUAACAGUGGCGAGCCGAUAACCGCCGUUAGGAGGAUACGGUGGGCAGGAAGUCCACCAUCUUAUUCAAGGGUAGUCUCCGAAGCGCAGUACCUUACGCUGUGGAGAUUCUCUUAAUGGGCGUUGGGUGAGGACGCCAAAUCAUUGACCCGCCGCAGAAGAUGGCAUGUGGGACGCACGUGCCAGAAGAUCACCUUGCAGGGUCAGAAGAUUUGGAUCCCACGAGGGCGGGGUCCAUAUCGCCGUGGGAACAAAUUGAGUGCCAUCAUAGGUUGUAGGGGUAUGUUGAGGGUGGGGGGGUUAGGGGAAGAGAGAAAAAUAUGACUUAAAACUCGUAGAGAAGAAAUACUUUUUAAAUGGAUGUCGUAGUCUCAAGAUUAGGAUCCUUACCGCCCAAGGAACAUAUGUUCCAUUGGGAAUGAUAGCUAGGUUUAAAAGUAUGUUAGACCUAGGAUGCUGUUAUUCAUCCAAAAAUCUUUAAAAAGCAUAAGUCGUUGUUACCCCAUGAAAGGAUGCUUUGAAAGUAGUGAAUUAUAUCUACUUAUUUAUCCUUUGAUUGCUACCAAAUAUUCAGAAUAAUAAGAAAGGGGAUUUAUUUUGAUUACCCCUAUCGUGAAAUAUCCAAACGUUCGCUUGCGAUCUCAAGGCAUUUGAAAUCAAGAUUAGUGAAUGGGAGAUGAUUGAAAGAAAACAACCUGAAUAAGAUUUUGGAUCUUUUGAAUUAAAUUGUAAAUUAACUGAUUAAUGAUGAGUGGUUUUGACCAUCUAGAUAUUUAUGAUGAAGGAUAUACUACUCUAAAAGCUGAAGAUUCAAAUCCUGUUGAGAGCUUAAGUGUUAGAAAUGAUUGUGAGUGCUGCUACAAAAAUAUUUUCAAGCUCAUUUAUUUGAAACCUUUGAUGUAGAUGUCAUUCGAAGCUUCUUUAAUUCUUUCAUUCUAUGAUUUUCUAGUAGAAUUCCAUGUUUUGAUAAAUAACUAUUAAUUUUAAUUAUUCAGUUUGUAUUUAUAGUCCUACAAAGACUCAAUUAGUGAGUAAUAUCAAUAUGAAUCAUCUUUAUCAGAAUUGAUAUAAAUAAAAAUAAGUAUUAAUAUAAUUUUAAUAUUUUUACGUGAUAUUGUAUUCUCCUAAAAUUAUGUUCUAUGUGGAUGGUAACCAAGGCUCGAAAGGAUUUUUUGCAAUAGAUAAAGAGUAAAUUAUUUUUUCAUAGAAUGGAUUUUACCAAAGGAUCAAGACAUGCCCACUUAAUGUUCUGUCAAAUUCAUCGCUCAUAUAAUGUACUGCUUGAAAUUCAGUAGGUUGUAUGUGAGAGAGAAGUCAAGUUGGUAAACAAAAAUUCAAUUAUGGGAAUCUCAUCUCCAUAGUUAAAAUAAAAAUUCACAAUAUUUUUUUUGUGACUUAUGUAUCUGACAUCAAAAAGUAUGGGUUCACCAUGAAAUGAAGAACAUGAAUUUCAGUGCGCAAAAGUAAUUCUUGAACUUAAGAUCAAUCGGCUUAACAAAUUCAAACAUGAUUUGAACUUCUGUUUUCCAUGUACCACUAUUCGAUCAUGCUCUCUCAUACGACUGUUGAGUUUUUGGGCUGCAGCAAGCAGGUAAAAUGAGAAAUGAUUAUUUGACAACAGAGCCAAACAGUAUAACAUAAUAUAGUGAUUAAACAGAGACUAGAUUUUCUGCAUUAGGAUUCACUCUUUUGAAGAUGGCAAUAUUUCUGUUGAUCCUGUUUGAAACUCAUGUGAUCAGAAAACUAUUAGCAGUUUAACAGUUUUUCUGCUAUUAAAGAUGGCUCCAGCACGCAGGCAAUAUUUCUGUUUUAUAUUGGGUUCUUUAACAGUUCUACUGAGAUUAUUUGACAUGGGCCAUCAAGCAUUUUACACUCUGGUAAGUGGACGAGAGAGACUGUAUUUACAUGAAAAACCAAACACAGACUUUGACAUUAAUUUUUCACUCCCAUAGCGUUCUAGUUUGUUUUCAAUGAAAAAAAAUAGAAUUUUGCUACUAGGUCAUUCUGGGUAUUCGCUUUGAAUAAGCAAGCCUUCUUAAUCGAGCUGGUUUUUAUUUUACUCGCAAGUUGCCUGUCAUUGAUUCAAGUUGUAUUGGUGGGGGGAAUAUUUGAAAAAGCCAUAAGUACUAAGUAUGCUGUUGCCUAGUCGUCUACCUUCUUCCCCGUCCUUGUCGUUUGUAAACACGGUACAUCUCUCUUCCCAUCUCCAAAUUUUUUCUCCAGUAUCAUCAUCAUCUCUGUAUCGUCUGAUCUACUGCGUCCAAUUACAAGCCAGAAAUAAGAAUCUCAACAAGUCAAACAUGUUCCUACUGGUAUAUAGACAUGGCCAUGUGGAGCACUGCCAUGAACCUGCUAAUCACAUUUUAAAUAAAGCUCUUCGCAGAUGGGUUGGCAAUCAUUAUCCUGGCUGUCCCCAGUGUCAAUAGAUCAUUACCGCGAGCGAGAGCGCGCGACAGAGGGAGAGGGGAAGAGAGAGAGAGAAAGGGCGAGCGAGAGAGAGAGAGAGAGAGAGAGAGAGAGAGCGAGAGAGAGAGAGAGAGAGAGAGAGAGGAGAGAGAGAGAGAGAGAGAGAGAGAAAGAGAGAGAGAGAAAGAGCGAGCGAGAGAGUAA